GCUUAAUUGACAGAAAUGAGGAAGCUUGCGAAAGUCAUGAUCAAGCGUCUCGCUGACAGUUACCGUCGUCAACAGAGCUCUCAGCGAGUUGCAAUGCAAACAACCGAGCCGGGGGGAAACGGCCAGGGACCUACCGCUGCGGCUAACAACAAUUACAACAAUACAACAUCUUCAACUUCGCUGCCGAAAUCACCUCCUCCAUCGGGAUCAUGGGCAUCAGUCAAGGCCAGCAUCUUACGAUGGCGCGGUUCGAGACGCCUGGUGCUCGUCAUCGUUGCCAUUGCGCUGCUGCUCGACAAUAUGUUGCUGACCGUCGUUGUGCCAAUCAUCCCAGAAUUUCUGUACGAUAUCAGGCAUCCGGAUGCACCUCUAGCUAGCUUCCCCAGGACGCCUCCCACGACUUUGUCACCCUGCGAAAAAGAAACCACCACUCCGUACAAUGGAAUUGACAUAACCACCAUGGGCUAUGACAAUGCCAGCUGGUACGCGGAGCGGGAGGAGCGCCACAAGGAAUUGGUGGAGGAAACGGUUGAAGUCGGUUUGAUGUUCGCAUCGAAAGCUUUUGUCCAGUUACUCGCCAAUCCAAUAGUUGGCCCUUUAACGCAUAAGAUAGGAUAUAGUAUUCCCAUGUUUGCUGGGUUCGUCAUUAUGUUCAUUUCAACUCUGAUUUUCGCAUUCGGAAGAACGUACUCCGUUCUUUUCUUAGCUAGAGCAUUGCAGGGUAUUGGAUCGUCUUGUUCGUCCGUGUCCGGUAUGGGUAUGCUGGCCGAUCGGUACACCGACGAUAAGGAACGCGGAAACGCGAUGGGCAUAGCGUUAGGUGGAUUAGCUUUAGGUGUACUAAUUGGGCCUCCUUUCGGGGGCAUCAUGUAUGAGUUCGUGGGAAAAUCGGCCCCGUUCCUGAUCCUGUCGGCGUUGGCGCUCGGCGAUGGUUUACUUCAGCUUGUGAUGUUGCAACCCUCCGUUGCGCUUGAUGAGUCUGAUCCACCCUCGCUGAAAGAGUUAGUUAUGGACCCCUAUAUUAUCGUUGCGGCCGGAGCGAUCACUUUUGCUAACAUGGGUAUCGCUAUGCUGGAACCGUCGUUACCGAUCUGGAUGAUGGAUAACAUGGGCGCAAGUCGUUGGGAACAGGGCGUGACCUUCUUGCCUGCUUCUAUCAGUUAUCUCAUUGGAACGAAUCUGUUUGGACCACUGGGUCAUCGAAUUGGACGAUGGCUCGCCGCACUGCUUGGAUUGGUCAUUAUCGGGCUCUGCCUUUUGUGUAUACCAAUGGCUACUUCAAUUCAUCAUUUGAUUCUACCAAACGCUGGUCUUGGAUUCGCUAUCGGAAUGGUGGAUUCCUGCAUGAUGCCAGAACUUGGCUACUUGGUGGAUAUUCGACAUUCCGCGGUGUAUGGUAGUGUUUACGCUAUAGGUGAUGUUGCCUUCUGUCUUGGCUUCGCAAUAGGACCUGCUCUAAGUGGCACCUUGGUAAACUCCAUCGGUUUCGAGUGGAUGUUGGUGGGAAUUGCAAUCCUAUGCUUCCUAUAUGCGCCAUUAUUGACACUGCUCCGGGCGCCACCGACCAAAGAGGAGAAGAAGUCUCUCAUCGUUGGCGAGCGCUCAUCUGUACGUUAUGUGACAUACCAGAAUGAGGACGAUGAUGAAUAAGGAUAAUCAGACGACACAAACAACGCAGCGCCAACGGACAAGAACCACUCAAUGAAAUCAUCACUUGUCCACGGAAUGUGACAGAAGUGGAAAUUUCAAAUAGGCUUUCUUAAAAAUAGGAUAGGUAUGAUGUUGUCAGAAGAGAUUAUGUGCAAAAUCUCUGGUAUUUUAGAAAAGUUUAUAAAACUCACAAACCAUAUUUUAUUAGAUCAUUGGAAGAAUGAGGUUGAGCGGUAAACCACUUACCGACUCAAAAGAUUACACUUGUUGAAAACAGCACAGAGUGAAUGAAAUACUAUUAAAACUAAUUUUUCAUAAAUACUGCUGACACCGGUGGGUUUAUAAACAAAUGUAAAUUCAAAAAGUCCUACCCAAACGAAACUUUGAAACAACAGUAGAAAAAAUAUAUAUAAUGCUAUGAAUGUAUAUAUCAGAGGUACAUCUCUCUUCACCAUAACAGAACGUGGGACAUAAAAGGAGAUCGAUGCAAAUGAGUAGUAUAAUAGUAAUUAUAAUUACUCCCUGCAAACACUAAAGUCAAUCGGUUUCUAGUGUGACUUUGGCUUCUUCAUAUAUUGAAUUGUUCUCUUACACCAAACUGAAUCAAUGGAAUAAAGGCGAAAUAAAUUUGAAUAGAAAAAGUCGAAGUCACAAUCGAGACCGAACCUACUGGAAGCUGUUGACAGAAAGGUGUUCGAAAAGACGUUCGCAAUUCGAGUCGAUUUGGUGCAGUUUUUUAAUUUGACUGUAGGUCAACGGUUUGUCGUUAAGAUAAAUUUGUGGUCUUCAGGAAAAGUACUAAGCAGAAAUUUAAUAGGUUCAAAAUUGUGGAACUUUUGUGACAUUGGAGAUACCAGUGCCAGAUUAUCCGGCGGUUGAAUAUCUAAUGAAGUUCUGUCAACUGUCUAACGGUACGAUUAAUUAUUAUUCUUAUUAUUAUCAUCGUUAAAAGCCUUUAUGCUUUUAGGCGUAAAUUAUACUCACCUUUCUAUAAUUAUAAGUUAACCUCACUUUAGUAUAGUAUCCAAUCUUCCUAAGGAACAUAAUCUGACAGAGAAUGGGAAUAUUUUAUUCGCACAUAACAAAAAUGAUGAUCAUACUUUUUAUGUACAAAUCAGAUCGUCUCGUUGUGUCUAUCACGUAUGGUAUAAAUAACUUAUUCAAAUACAUUUUGGCUGUUGUACAAAUACUAACUGAUUAGGUUAUCGGAUAACUAUUUCAUGCAGGAAACUUUUUAUAUUAAUCAGUUGGACGCAAAAGCUCCCAUAAAAUUCACGUCCUGAAUAAAUAAUUAAAAUUUAUCUGGAAUUUGGAAACCAAUGACUGAACGAUUUUUAUGCAAAAUUCGAAUGGCUGCGAAUUAUGCUUUAAAUCGUUCGUGAUUAAAAACAGCACGAUAUCACUUUAUUAUUUGCAAAUCUAGAGAAAAAGAAAACAAGUAUCCAUAGCAAUACGAGUAAAGUUAAUUUAAGAAAUACUAAAUGAAUGAUUGGGUUUAUACAGAUAGUAUGUUGGAUGACGUAAAGUCACCAGCAAAACGUUGAUUUUCUGUUUGAUAGAAAAAUUAUUGUACAAUGCUGAUUCAUGUGUAGUUCGAUAACAGAUUAUCAAGCGAUAUUUACUACUAUGACACAAUAAUUCAAUCGAAUUUAAAAGUAAUCUAUGUGAGCUUUUAACACCAAAAUUGAGAAAACAAAAAUGCGAUCAUCAUUCUAUUUGAUAUCUGUCAUCACUCGCUCCAUAAAAUCAUGAAUUGCUGACUCAAUCAAAAUGCGUUGUACAGGAAGUUCUAACAAGUGAAUUCAGUUGAACCUAAUUGUUGAUUUCUCAAUUUUUUCCAUGUACUAUCCUUGAUUCUAUACUAUAAUCAAACGUAAUUGUAUUAGUGUGUUCCUAAUAAACGGAAAACAGAUGAACACACACUCACGUUAGCCGAAUAUCAAAUGAAAAGUCUAUAUGCCUAUAUGAAAAGAAUGUAGAAAAAAAUCGGACAAAUUUGCGCCGUGUUAUUGUGAAUUAGACAAUAACCUCUAACGUCUCUUGAAAAUGCAUGCAUAAAACUACCCGUAACAUAUUUCGAAGGAACAAACAAACUAACAACCAUCGGAUCAUUGCAUAUAAAUACUGAUACAAAGUAAGAUUAUUGUGAAAUUCUAAUCAAACGAAACCUUAUUUUACGUUUUCUAUUUGUGCAGCAUUUUUAUUGUAUUUAUUAUAGGCUGGUAUGGGGUCACACAUCAAGGAAUUACUAGAAUUUUUAAGCGAUUUAUGUGAAAGCAAACAUACAUUAUACUCUUCAUAUGAAACAUACAUACAUACAAUACAUACAUCCUUACUCUAGAACACUAAAACAUUAGACGGAAAACUAUUAUACUACGGCUAUGAAAUUCUAAUGCUCAUCAUGAACAAAUCUCAACAAAUUACAGCCCACACAAACGAAUCGUACAGUAAGUAGAAUUGACAUUCUACUAUAAAUUGAAGAAACAACUUAUAUGAUUGUAUAUCGAUGAAAUGGAAAAAAAGCUGACAAACCAAAACUCUUAUAGUUGGACAAAUGGAAUGAAUCUUGCCAACAACUAUAAACAAAUAUUUUUGGAUAGCAUAAAGAUUAGUUGUUUUGCUAUAAACGAUGAUAUUUUGGUAUGAUAGAGAACCUUUAACCAAAGCUUUACAUUGUAGAAUAUUCAGAAGUAAGCGAUGAAAAAAUGGGGUGGAAACACAUACGUUUAAACGUGCAAGCCUGAGAAUCAUAAACAUAAGAAACCAGUGUUUUAAAUAAGUAGCUGAACAAUGAAUGACCAAAAUAUUUACAUAUGAAAUCUACAAACAGAUAGAGAAUCUAUAACAAUAAUCAAGAAACAAUAACUGUAUACACGUAAUAACAAAUUUUACGAACAAAGCUAUAUUAUAAACGAAGUGAUAGGUGUAAGACAACGUGUAUUGAAAAAAGAAAACCAAGAUGGCUAUAAUAUUAGAAUAUUAUCAACCAAAUACGACAACAAAUAUAUAUAUGUACAAUCUGUAAGCAAAAAGGGGAACACUAAAUAAAGUUGUUGGUGAAAUUUAA